GUGGGGCUUGAUCACAUCCUUUACCCCAGAGUCUCAGUUCCAGUGCUGUGGGGGUGUGAUCAGAACAGCUCCUGAGGAGCCUGGGGGUGCAUCCUGUGGUUGGUGCAGUGCCAGCCACACUGUGCCCUGGUCCUGCAUCAAUAAGAUGAGGGUUUAGGAUGCUGUGAUUCCCGGAUCAGGAGGAGGAAGACCAGAGGACCCCAGAGCAUGCAGCACAUGGAGAGGCCAAGGUCUCUGUGCCCAGGAACAGUGCAGGUGUUCAACCUCUUUCAAGGCUUCAGGGAAGGUGUGGAGGCUGAGCCCCACCCAGGGCGAGCCCAGAAACCACACCAGAGCUGCAGUCACCUUCCUUCUUCCUGGAGUGUCGAGGAAACUUCUGGCCCCCAGCAGGUGUAUCAUGGAGCUGGCCCUGUCUGCCAUCCUAUUUGCCCUCUUUCCUGGAGCCCUGCUGGGGAGUGAGAACCUCACAGCGGACUCCUACAGCUUGUCGCCUAUGACAGACAGUAGCAUUAACCUGGAUUCAGUGUGUGGACGUCCCAGGGCUUCAGGCCGCAUCGUGUCGGGGCAGGAUGCCCAGCCGGGCCAGUGGCCUUGGCAGGUCAGCCUGAGGGAAUAUGGGGAGCACGUGUGUGGAGGCUCCCUGAUUGCUGAGAACUGGGUGUUGACUGCUGCCCACUGCUUCAGCCAGGACCAGCCCCUGUCUGCCUACACAGUACUGCUGGGUACCAUCUCCUCUUACCCUGGGCCCAGUGAGCCCAGGGAGCUGAAAAAAGUGGCCCAGUGUAUCAAGUACCCAAGCUAUUCAGCAAAUGAGCACAGUAGUGGAGACAUUGCCCUGGUACAGCUGGCUUCAUCCGUCUCCUUCAGUGACUACAUCCUUCCAGUCUGCCUCCCGAAACCUGGAGAUCCUCUGGACCCUGGCACCUUGUGUUGGGUCACUGGCUGGGGACACACGGCCACAAAUCAAGCACUCCCACCACCAUUUACCCUGCAGGAGUUGCAGGUGCCUCUUAUUGAUGCCCAAACCUGCAAUGCCUACUACCAGGAGAACUCCGUUUCCAGCACGAAGCUUGUCAUCUACGAAGACAUGCUGUGUGCUGGCUUCGAGGAAGGCGGGAAGGAUGCCUGUAAUGGUGAUUCCGGAGGUCCCCUGGUCUGUGACAUUAACGGUGUCUGGAUCCAGGCAGGGGUGGUGAGUUGGGGAUCCGACUGUGCCCUUCCCAAGAGACCAGGUGUUUACACCAAUGUCAGCGUCUACACUUCAUGGAUCGCAAACACAAUGUGGAACUCGGCCCUAGAAACAAAAAGUUUCUCUCUGAGCCUUGCAGACACCUCAGUCUCUGGCCUAUUGCUGGCAUCCGUGGCGAGCACCUUCCUCUUCCUGGGGCCCUAACCUGCAACCUCAUUGUCCCAACCCUAUAUUUGGAACUUUUGCCCUCUCUCUGCUCCUAGGUUGGAGCAGCUUCUCACAGGGACCGCUUUCUUGUGCCCUCCUUGCCUAGCUACCUGCAGAUAAGCACCCCAUCCAUGCUCUGCUCUCCAGGGACCCUCUCACCCCCACAGAAGCCUCCUAACUCCCACAGCAUUAAGACCAUCAGCUAAGCUCUGGUCUCCUGGCCCUGGGCUGCCUCUCACUCCCUGGGGGGUCUGUGGAUUUCCAGGGUCAGAGGGACAAGAGUCUUUCUUGCCUCUCACUCCAGGGUGCAGCCACCUUUCAGGGUAUCCUUCGGUGGCUUCUGUGACUGGGCUGGUCUCUCUAUCGUGAGUCUAUAUCUGAAACAAUAAAGACCGGAUGCAG